UGAGGCAAGUUACCCUUUGGAAAUGUGCUCGCACUUUGAUGCUGAUGAGAUCAAAAGGCUAGGGAAGAGAUUUAAGAAGCUCGAUUUGGACAAUUCUGGUUCUUUGAGUGUGGAGGAGUUCAUGUCCUUGCCGGAAUUACAACAGAAUCCUUUGGUUCAGCGAGUAAUAGAUAUAUUUGACACAGAUGGGAAUGGAGAAGUAGACUUUAAAGAAUUUAUUGAGGGCGUCUCUCAGUUCAGUGUCAAAGGAGACAAGGAGCAGAAAUUGAGGUUUGCUUUCCGCAUCUACGACAUGGACAAAGAUGGCUAUAUCUCCAAUGGGGAGCUCUUCCAGGUGCUGAAGAUGAUGGUGGGAAACAAUCUGAAGGAUACACAGUUACAGCAAAUUGUAGACAAAACCAUUAUAAAUGCAGAUAAAGAUGGAGAUGGGAGAAUAUCCUUUGAAGAAUUCUGUGCUGUUGUAGGUGGCCUAGAUAUCCACAAAAAGAUGGUGGUCGACGUGUGACUCUUUUUUAAAAAGAGUACCACCCAACACUUUUGCUUUCUUCUCCAUCUCUGAAGAUCUGCUCAAGACGUCCAGCAAUGCUCUCUGUGUAUUUAAAUGGAAGUAUUUUUCUCUGUGAAGCCACAUUUUCCAACACGAGCCUCAUGAAGCCAACUAAGUGUUAUUGAACUCUUACUCUCUCAAUAACUCUCUCAGUGUAGCACUUUAAAGUCUGAAGGACAGCAGGAUGCAAAGAGCAUAUCACUGUGGUGGAGAAAGGGAAGGGGUUGGCUUUUUAAUUUAUUUUUCUUCAUCUUUUAUAACAAGAAAGUAUCUAUAUAUACAUAUGUAAAUAUUUAUAUAUAGAUAUAUGUAGCUUUCUAUAUAUGUAGUAGGUUGGCUUUAAUUUAAUAUACUUGAUCCAGAAUCAAAAUGAUAGAGUACAAAAGUGCCAAGCAGAACAUUGAGAAGUUCAAAACCAUGGAUCUAUACAUCCUUUUAUCUCACACAGUUUUAUAGAGAGACAGAAGACUGUACAAUCCGAGCCGGGUGUUGGCCAGCUGUUUUCCUUUCCUGUGCUUUUCUCCUUGGAGAGAUUGACAAAGCAUUUGUUAAUGUCCUAUUAUUUACCUUAAUUUUUUUGGAGGGGGGUAACAAAGGCAUCUGUGACUUUAUACCUACAACUAUUUCCAGGGACUGCGUCUCCUUGCUGAGCAGCAGCAGCAGCAGCAGCAGCUUUCUCUCUCUGCUUGAGGAGCACGGCUCGUUCAGUGCUGUUGCCAAAAGCUAGUGCUUGUGUGUUCACCUAGUGACUGCACGAUGCUUACGGCUGCUUCCUUGUUACUGCGUGACGAGGAGCCAUUACACGUAGUAGGUGUCCCUGGGUAAGUGUCAGCCAUCAGUUGUGAUGACUGUUUGCUACAUGAAAGUCAGAAGCUGUCUGAGGCAAUCAUGACUUAUCUUCUGCAUUUCUUAGUGAAGAAAUCACAUAACCGCUUCGGGUUUCCCUUUGUUUCAUUACAUGGUUCAGUAACUUGUCCUUUAAACAACGUAUAAACCAUAAAUUUCCCUUCUGUGUUUCACGAGAUUUGCAGCAAAUUUAAAAACGGGUGAUAGUUAAUGUGCAUGUAUGCAGCUGAACACCCACAUAUUUGUGAUUCGAAUGUGAGAACUCGUGCUAAUCUAUAUAUGCCAGAGAAGAGCAAAAUUUUAUUCCGAUUUAUACCUCUUUAAUUUCUUUACCACCUAGAGAGUGCAUGAUGGGUUUCCUAUUGCUUUGCCCAUAUGAUUUUUAACGAGUGAUAACUGAAUAAAUUUGUGUGAUAUAAAAGUAGUGUAUCAUGUUCCACCACUUGAUAGUAUCCCUUCCCUUUUCUGCAAAGGUACUAUUGGCUGGAAGAAAAAUACUGUUGUUAGCUUUCUCCAACAGUAGUGUCUUGCCCUAUGUAGCUGUUCAACACAACCUGGUUUUUUAAUCAUGAGUGGAAAGGGGGUAGGUUUAGUAGUGAGCAACCCUGAAACCGAGUGCCCUGCCUGCCUCGCUGUCCCUUCAACUGAGUGCUGCACACCAUGGGCUCUGUCUGUGAGAGGAAACCCCGGUGCUUGGUGUCCUUGCAUGACAUGGAGUUUUGCAUGUAGAUCGAUUUAAAAUGUACCUCUUGUUUACAUAAUUUGCAUAAUUUAAAAAGAUAACGUUGCCAAACUUUGGAAAUGUUAAUGUUCAAACUGAAAAUCUCCACUACAUGUAACUUUCUUCCUCUGGAUCAGAACGUGGCUUAUAAUCCCAGCCAGUGGUUUGGUCUGUUCCAGUGUCAACUGCCAUGUGCUCUGCUUCAAGGGGAAACUAGUCUUUUGUGAAUUUUUUGUACAUAAGUAUUUGUUACAAAUAUUUUAGCAAAUGCUUUCUAUUUCUCUUGCUUGUGCAUAUCUUGGCUGGCGUUACAGAAAAUAGUGCAAACAUUAUUUCCUUACUGGGGAAUGAGGGUUUUUUUUUUUCUUUUUUAGUUUGUGUGGGGCUGGGGGGAAGGGGUGGUUUAUGUUGAAUGUUUAGUUUUUCUUCUGCAUGAUACAUCAUGUUGUGGGAUCUUUAGAAAACUUCAUACUGUAUGAAUACAAAAAUAAAAUAUUUGAAACUUG